UAAAUAAAACGUAAAAUAGUUACAAUAGAAAUGGGAGUUUUCACGUUUUAAAAUAAUUCCGUUCACUAAAGUGGAUUUCAAGAUAUUGAUUUACCUUGGAUUAAUACCAACUCUGUGAAUCACUUCUAUCGGAAUAUACGACUGGUUGUUUAAAUGUCUUGAAAAUGGCUAAUCAAGGUCAGCCACAAGAGGGAGCUAAUAAUGUGAACAUUCAAGACGCACAUAUCAAUGAACUGCAUGCAGCCAAUGUAAAUCGGCUUCAUGCUCAGGCAGACAUAGUUCAAGUGGGUGACAUUCAACAAGCUCAUGCAGAGUUCAUUCAUGCAGACAAUGUUCAGAACCUUCAUGUACACUAUGACAAUGAUGCGCCACCUCCACCAGCUGCACUACAACCUCAAUUACAACAUGAUGCAGCAUCUCCCAGGACUAUGCAAGAGGAAAUGCCGUCCACUUCACGUGAAACUACAAGAGCUCAAACAAUGGAGGGAUUCACUGAUGCCAAACUUGCUUCGAAUGAUUUUCCAUGUCCAGUCUAUGAAGUGGUGCCUACACCAUCAGGAAUCCGUACAAAAAAAGGAAAUGUUAAAAAGGCAAAAAGGAAACGAAGAAAGCAUGCAAAAAAAUUUAUCAAUUAUUUCAACAAGAGAACCCUGGAGCAAACAAAAGUGAAAAUCACAGAAGAUUACAAACAACUAAACCUAAACGAACCAGACUUUGAAGUAAAUCCCCAACUUAGAGAAGUGCCACUUUUCUACAGAGGAGGAAUGGCCCCCAAGACUAGGCAAUAUAAUAUCGAGACUGGAUUCACUGUUAAAGCAAAUGAAGAAAAAGUUGGAAAACCUAUUUCUCAGAAUGAACUCAUAGAACAAUUAGGCAACAAAAAAUACAGGUAUAUUGCCAUAUUGGGACAGGCAGGGGGCGGGAAAUCAACAAGUAUGAAACGCCUCGCACGAACACUUCAUAUCAUAAACAAAUUAGGAGAAGAAGCCCAAGCCGAUGAAGCAUUGCAGCUGGAACAUCGCUUUGAAUUUAUUCAUCACUUGAACAUCAAAGAUAUCCCCGUUUUGAAAGGAACUACACGAGAUGAAGCCAUCAGUCCAUGUGAACUUCUUUUUGGAAAAGAAGCUUCAGGACUAUCACCACAAGAAUUGGAAGAAGGCUAUGAACGGCUGCAACAAAAUCAAUCAAAGUCAAUUCUUUUUCUUGACGGACUUGAUCAAGCAACUUGGAGUCUUUUCGGAAAACACAACAAGAUGAAAUAUAAUGAUAAAUCUAGCACAGCAACUGUCAUGUACAAUAUCAUAACAGGCAAUCUCUUUCCUGACAUGACGAUCGUGAUUUCAUCGCGCGAGUUCAGAGUGGCAUCACUCCCAUCAGAAUUGAGGCCGCAAUUCAUAACUGCCCUCGCUGGUCUGGCUCAAAAUGAUAUCGAGCGUUUGUUCAUUGCAAUUAUAGGAGACAGCGGUGAAAAAGCUUGGGAGAAAUUAACAGUGCAGUCACCCGCACUUAUCCCGUUAUCAUCUGUUCCUCUUUUCCUAAUAUUCAAUGCAAUCGUUUGCAAGGACAACCCAGAUAAUCCACCAGAUACUAUGACUGCGGUAAUGCUACAAAUCCUCCACAUCUUCAUGCGAUCAGAUCAUGCCCAUAAAAAGGAACAUAUUGAAGAAAUACUCCAGAAACUGAUGCAAAUGUCAUUCGAAGGCACAAAAGAAAAACGAGUCAUUUUCACAAUCAAGGAUCUCGAAAAAGUAAAGCUUAGUCCUCUUGAGGUUCGGGACUUUGUCAUCAAGGUACCUGGGAAAAAUAUGUUCAAUCAGCAUCUCAUGGAAGGAGACCAUCUAAUGUUCUUCAGCCAUCAAAUCCUUCAAGAAGUAUUGUCCGCUCUCUAUAUUUCAAGCAUGGAUUCUACUACGUUUCGCACCUUUAUCGAAACUGAGAUUCGAGACGAUCAUUGGGCAGUUGUUCGUCGUUUUCUAAGUGGAAUCAUUCUGAAUCCUGAUAUUGAAAGCAGUCUCAUAACAAAUCUUUCUUCUGGUGCCAGACAAGAUGAUAAAAGAGAGGUUCUAAGAAAAUUUCUCGCAUUUCAAUCAAGUCAAAAAAUGAAAUCGUAUGAAAAGUUGGAGCUGUUUGGGACAUUAUACGAAGCUAAUGACACCGACCUUAUUCGUUCCUGCAUCAAGGACAUCAAUUUUUCACACGAAUCCUUCACUACAGUCGGAAUGCAUGCCAUGUCAUCGGUCAUGCGACGUUGCAGCCAACUAGAAUCUGUUCGUCUUCUAAACUGUGAUCUCAAUGCCGAGUUGGUUCAUAUCCUGAAGUCAAAUCUAAAGGGUUCUUCUUUAAAGCUGAAUGUACUAAAUGUCAGUGGUAACAAGAACCUUGGAACCGAUGGUUUUGGUGAACUUGGAUUAGUUGUUACACAAUGUCAUGUGGAGUUAUUCAUGGCUCGGGAUUGCAAUCUGACAGCAGAAGAAAUGAAAGCAUUUAAAGAAAACACUCGCAAUGCAAAGAUAAAGAUCCUGGAUCUGAGUGGGAACAAAGUCAGCAGACUCGGAGAUGAAGGGUUAUCUACAAUCAGUGAAAUUGUUCAUCAAUGUCAGGUUGAAAGAUUGUCGAUGUGGGAUUGCUUCUUCAACCCUGAUCAGUCGAAAAGAUUCAAAGCAUCGAUCGCUGAUACCGGAGUCGACUUCAUUGACAUCUGGGGUCCAUAA